AUGUUGUCUGCAAGAGCUGUAGCAAGAAGAAAUUUUGCUAGUUUCUCAAAGAUCCCUAACGUUUCAAAGGAUCUUCAAUCAAGAGUUCCUCCAUAUGCUAAACUAUUGACCAAUUUGGAAAAAGUUCACAAAAUUACAAACAAUGAACCAUUGACUCUGGCUGAAAAGAUUCUUUAUUCACAUUUGACUAACCCUGAAGAAUCUCUAGGUGGCUCCACCGGUGUCUCUGCCUUUAGAGAUAUUCGUGGUAAAGAAUAUUUGAAAUUAUCUCCGGAUAGAGUAGCUAUGCAAGAUGCUUCUGCUCAAAUGGCUAUGUUACAAUUCAUGACUACAGGUUUGCCUAAUACAAGUGUCCCAACUUCUAUUCAUUGUGAUCAUUUGGUCGUGGGGAAAAAUGGGGAAGAAUAUGACUUACCUAUAUCUAAAGAAGCAAACAAAGAAGUCUUCGACUUCUUAGAAUCUUGUUCUAAGAAAUACGGAAUCACCUUUUGGGGUCCAGGUUCAGGUAUCAUUCACCAAAUUGUCUUGGAAAACUAUAGUGCUCCAGGUCUAAUGAUGUUAGGUACCGAUUCUCACACUCCAAAUGCAGGUGGUCUAGGUGCAAUUGCCAUUGGUGUUGGUGGUGCAGAUGCUGUCGAUGCAAUGACAGCUACGCCUUGGGAAUUGAAGGCUCCAAAGGUUAUGGGUGUCAAACUAACAGGGAAAUUAAGUGGCUGGUCUGCUCCAAAGGAUAUUAUCACUACAAUUGCUGGUAAAUUAACUGUGCGUGGUGGUACUGGUUAUAUCUUGGAAUAUUUCGGUGAAGGUGUCGACUCUUUAUCUUGUACAGGUAUGGCUACCAUUUGUAAUAUGGGUGCUGAAGUAGGUGCCACCACAUCUUUAUUCCCAUAUAAUGAUGCUCAUAGGCGUUAUUUGGCUGCCACUGGUAGAAAACAAGUUGCCGAUGCUGCUGAUGUCGCUUUAAAUGAAUAUAACUUCCUAAAGAGUGAUCAAAACGCUCAAUAUGAUGAUAUUCUAGAGAUUAAUUUGUCAGAGUUAGAACCAACAAUUAAUGGUCCAUUCACUCCAGAUUUGUCUACAAAGGUCUCUGAGUACGCUGAAACUUCCUUAAAGGAAAAUUGGCCUCAAAACAUUUCUGUCGGUUUAAUCGGUUCAUGUACUAAUUCUUCAUAUCAAGAUAUGAGUCGUGUUAUCGAUCUAGUCAAUCAAGCCGCUAAAGCUGGUUUGAAACCAAAGAUCCCUUUCUUUGUCACUCCAGGUUCGGAACAGAUUAGAGCUACUUUGGAAAGAGAUGGUAUCAUGAAAACUUUCACUGAUAAUGGUGCUAUUGUCCUCGGUAACGCCUGUGGACCAUGUAUCGGGCAAUGGGAUAGAGGUGAUGUUCCAAAGGAUACUAAACAAACAAACUCCAUCUUCACCUCUUUCAACAGAAAUUUCAGAGCUAGAAAUGAUGGUAACAGAAACACAAUGAAUUUCUUAACCUCACCAGAAAUUGUCACCGCUAUGAUCUAUUCAGGUGAUGCUCAAUUUAAUCCAUUGAAGAACUCAAUUACUACCCCAGAUGGUAAAAAAUUCACUUUCAAAGCUCCAAAGGGUGACGAAUUACCACAAAGGGGAUUUGAACAUGGUAGAGAUAUAUUCUACCCAGAAAAUGAUCCAAAGCCAAAUGCUGAAAUCCCAGUUAAGGUUAGCCCAGAUUCUGACCGUUUACAACUAUUGGAACCAUUCAAACCAUGGGAUGGUAAGGAGUUAAAGACGACUGUUUUAUUGAAGGUUAAGGGUAAGUGUACCACUGAUCAUAUAUCUGCUGCUGGUGUUUGGUUGAAGUACAAAGGUCAUCUAGAAAAUAUUUCCUACAACACUCUAAUCGGUGCUCAAAAUUAUGAAACGGAUGAAGUCAACAAAGUUUACGAUUUAGAUGGCAAGGGAUACGAUAUCCCAGGUUUGAUGAUGAAGUGGAAGGAUGAACAAAGACCAUGGGUAGUAUUGGCCGAGCAUAACUACGGUGAAGGUUCAGCAAGAGAACAUGCUGCCUUGUCUCCAAGAUACCUAGGAGGUGAAAUCAUAUUGGUUAAGUCCUUUGCAAGAAUCCAUGAAACUAACUUGAAGAAGCAAGGUAUGCUACCUUUAACUUUUGCUGAUGAAGCCGACUUCGAUAAAAUUUGUUCUGGUGACGUCUUAGAGACUGUUAACUUAGCUGAUAUGGUUGCUAAGAACGGUGAUAACGGCGGUGAAUUGGAUGUCAAGGUCACUAAGCGUAACGGUGAAACUUUCAUUAUCAAGGCUAAACACACAAUGUCUAAGGAUCAAAUCAACUUCUUCAAGGCAGGUUCCGCUAUCAACUUCAUUGGUGAACAACGUAGAAACGUAUAA